UGCCGAAUUGCGCGAUCCGUUUCUCUUCCGUACGCUGGCCCAAAUUUCCCCCACACAGUGAGAACCGGUUUCAUACCCAGGCCGGUCCGGGAUGAAGAAAGCGAAAUUUAAACAAAACGAAUUCUGGCUUUUCCACUCCAUCAUCAUCCACCCAAAUAUACACCUACAACAUGUCAGCUGCUAGUCGUCUUUCACAAUUGGCCAAUCACAUCAAUGCACCUUCUUUGAUUGGUCCACUGUUGAACAAUCAAGUUGCCAUCAUCACUGGUGCAGGUCAAGGUAUCGGUCGUGCAGCUGCCUUGCUUUUCGCUCAACAUGGUGCAAAAGUCGUUGUGUCAGACUUGGAUGGAAAGAAAGCAGAUGAAGUUGUCGGCUUAAUAAAAGAAGCCGGUGGUGACGCUCUUGCCGUUCAAGGAAACGUGAUGGACGUUAGCUUUGGCGAUAAAUUGAUCAAAUCAACCGUUGAUAAAUUUGGUAAGAUCAAUCAUAUCGUCAAUAAUGCCGGUUUCACAAACGAUAAGAUGUUACACAACUUAGACGAUGCUACAUUCCAGCAAAUGCUCGAUUGUCACACCGUGGCUCCUUUCCGCAUCAUUCGUGCUGCUGCACCAUACAUGCGUAUCAAGGAUGAAGACAAACGAGAAAACCGUAGUGUCAUCUUUGUCUCAUCUACAUCAGGCACACACGGUAACACUGGUCAAUUGAACUAUGCAGCUGCAAAAUCAGCCGUGCUCGGUAUGACAAAGACUGUCGCAAAAGAAUGGGGUCCAUUUGGUGUUCGCUCCAAUUGCGUGGCUUUCGGAUGGAUUCAAACUCGUUUGACCGGUUCAAAAGAAGCAGGUGCAUCGAUUGAAAUUGACGGUAAAAAGGUCUCUUUGGGUAUCCCAGGUCGUGGUAACCAAGCAGGCGCUGUUAAUGCAGCAGCAGAUAUUCCAUUACGACGACCAGGAGAAGCAGCUGAAGCAGGUGCUUCUAUUCUCUUCUUGGCCAGUCCUUUGGCAAGUUAUGUUAGCGGACAAACUCUUGAGGUUACUGGAGGUCGUGGUAUCUAGUGAGAGAUGUGUUCUUUGUAUCCCCGUUCUAGAAUCAUAUCGUUAGCCAUCUCGAAAGUGCUUUUUCAGUACUGUUCGACCUGCUUUAAUGACAUGCCUUCUUGCUAUCUGACGACUUGCAGCUCCCUCCAACUGCAUCUCUAAUCUGCUCUCAUCUGCCAAUUCUUGCAAAAAGACCAAAUAAGUCAAAUAGAUUAGAAUUUCAGUUUCAUUAUCAUUUCCUUUGACCUUUGAUAUUUUUGGCAAGUGACUAUUGAUGACCCGUCUGACGU